GGCUGUGAUCAGAGCCCUCCGCUGCUCCCCAAGCCAAUUUCUGCAGAUCUAAGCAAGCCACUGCUUUCUCAACAUGUGCCGGGGUUUAGCUGCAUUGCCUGCUAGCUGCUUGGAAAGAGCCAAAGAGUUUAAAACACGUUUGGGAAUUCUGCUUCAUAAACCAGAGUUUGGACAUAAAAUUGGAAACCUCAGCUGGAGUCCCAAGCAAAAAUAUUCUUUGGAAGAAGCUCUUGGAUGGAAGGAAUCCUUUGAUCGACUGCUGAGAAGCAGAAGUGGCAUGGCAGCGUUUCAUGGGUUUCUCAAAACGGAAUUUAGUGAAGAAAAUCUGGAGUUUUGGUUAGCUUGCGAAGAAUAUAAGAAAAUGCCCUCAAAAGCAAAAUUAGCAACCAAAGCCAACAGGAUAUUUGAAGACUUUGUUCAGAAUGAGUCCCCCAGGGAGGUAAAUCUUGACCAUGAAACUCGAGAGGCGACCAGAAGGAAUCUUGCUGGGGCCACUUCCACGUGCUUUGAAGAAGCGCAAGCCAAAACAUACCUCUUGAUGGAGAAGGACUCCUAUCCCAGAUUUCUGAAAUCUGCUUAUUACAGAGACCUCAUUGAACAAGCAAAUAGCCACAGAACAGGCAAACCUGCACACACCUGAGCCGGUCCCUCAUCAUCAUCUGGAACUGUGUUGGGGAACAGAGACGCAAAAUGAAACUGGAGAUGCUGGAAUCCACGUGGAAGGUGCUAAGAACAUUUCCGUUGCAAAGUUUUGGUUUUUCCUGGCCUGGAUGCCUGGGACCGCCAACGCUUCCAUGCACCCAGCAGCUCUACUAAAUGUAGACCUUCUCUAGAAAAGAGACUUUGAA